CCAAAGUCUCCUUCUUUUCCGGUGCGCUCUUUUGGGUGACCGUGUCUUGUUUAGUUUUUAGCUGCAGUUGAAUCUUUCUCCAUCUUCCACUAUGAAGAUUUAUAAAGAUAUUUUCACCGGAGACGAGAUGUUCUCUGAUACCUACAAAAUCAAGCUGAUAGACGAUGUAUUAUAUGAAGUAUAUGGGAAGUUAGUUACUCGUAAAGCGGGUGAUGUUGAAAUUGCUGGUUUUAAUCCAUCUGCCGAGGAGGCUGAUGAAGGUACAGACGAAGCGGUAGAGUCUGGCGUAGACGUUGUAUUGAACCAUCGCCUUCAGGAAACAUUUGCCUUUGGAGAUAAAAAGUCUUAUACGUUAUACCUCAAAGAUUACAUGAAGAAAUUAGUAGCAAAGCUAGAAGAAAAGGCACCUGAUCAAGUAGAUGUGUUUAAGACAAAUAUGAACAAAGUCAUGAAGGACAUCUUAGGCCGAUUCAAAGAAUUACAGUUUUUCACUGGUAUUUCAAUGGACAUCGAUGGAAUCGUGGGUCUCAUGGAAUACCGCGAAAUCGAUGGCGAUUCUGUGCCUGUACUCAUGUUCUUUAAACACGGUCUUGAAGAAGAAAAGUUCUAAGUAAUCUUUAGAUACUGAAUAAAUUCUGGACAAAUUUUGUAAACUGGAAAUCAAGACUGCACACAUGCUGGAAAGCUGUGAAAUUUAGUUAAAAAUGUGAAACAAAUAAUUCAACUUCCAAUCUUAAUUUUCAACUUACAUUAAAUAAAAUCUCCAUUAGCGACUAUUUCUUGAUGAAAUAAUUGUACAUACUUUGUAACAUGAGGGAAAGUGGCAACAGAAUUCUUGAAAACAAUGUGCAAGCGAUUAGUUGCGAAAAAAUGUAUGUAACAAUGUAUUCGUUUUUGUCCUUUUUUAUAUUAGACAAUUUUAUUUAUGUAUAAACAAAAUGGAAGAUGGGGAAAGAGAACUUGCAGUGAUGGACUUACAUCAGUGACGUAAAGUGUUUACAAUUAUGUUAAUAUCCGUAAUUAAUUAUCAAUGAACAACAAUUUCUGAACUAUAUUCGACUUAAUGUCCAUCAUAAAUAAAAAAAAUUUUCCAUAA